AUGGCGCUCCGGACAACCCAACGCGCACCCCGUAGCUGUUUCGCAUGCUCAUCCCGCAAGGUCAAAUGCGACAAGAAUGUUCCAUGCUCAACCUGUAUCAAGCGAGGGCAAGCAGAUGCCUGCGCCAGAGAGAUGGUCAUUGUGCGGGGCGCCAUCACGACAUGGACGGACUCGCCGGAUCAUCUCACGUAUGACGAGCUCAGGGCUGACAAUCAGCGUCUUCGUGACGAGAUUGAGUUGUUGAAGCGGCAGCAAGUCUCCAACUCACCUGCUUCACGCGGCGAAAGGCUUCGAAGAAGUCUAGGAAAUGAUGAUGAACUCGAGAAGAGACUAUGGAAACUCGUCUCCACGUCAUCGCCAGCUUCGCCCACGGCGACCGACUGGGGGAAUAUCGUGAUGCCUAGCCGUCGAUGUAGCGAACAACUCGUAGAGUUUGACCGCGUAUGGAACUCAUGGGUUCAUUAUGCUCUCGAGUAUCCAGCCUUUGAAAACGAGUGUGACGAGUUUUAUGCAGAGCUCGAAAAGGGAGGCUCAUUGGAAGACUAUGAUCCGGCAUGGUUGGCGGUAUACUUUGCCGUUUUAUGCGCUGCUCUAUUAAUGAUGGCUGAAGAUGAAGCCAGCCGUGUAUUUCUCCCUAAAGGUGAGCCAAUCGCCCAUCGUCACUUGUUGACCAUCGCUCAAAGCUUCACAGGGUUGGACCAAAGGAGAGCAGGCAAGAUGUGGUACGACGCUUCCAUCUUCUGCCUCCAUCGCUCUGACUUCAUGAGAACACGCUCAAUCCGCUCCGUCCAGGCAAUCGCCAUCCUCGGAAUGUGUUUCAACAACUGGGGAGACUCAGACUUAGAUGUCCAUCUGUGGAGUUGCGCUCUCCGGAUAGCACAGAGCAUUUCUCUACACAACCCCCCAUCUCGCGCAACGAACAUACUCAGUGCAGAAGGUCAACGCCGACUCUGGAUGCGAGUCCCCUACCAAAUACCACAAGUUGAUGAAGUAGACUUCGACAUGACUCUACCAGUAUCUACAAUGACGCCCGACGAAAACAUGCAUGUAGAUCCGGUUCAUUAUCACACAUUCAUGGCCAGAGCAGCCACUGCGUACUAUAGGUUCUGCGUGGCUAUCCGAGCCGCAGUCAAACCGAUUGAGGAAGCCGUUAGAAAGGCAGACGAGGAACUCGCCGAAGUUAUCAACACUCUACCCGAGUAUCUGAAGCCCGACAAUUCGGGAAGCGAGCACGUGCGCCAGCUGGAAGAAACCCAACCCUGGGUCAAGUGGCAAAGGUUUGACGUGACUGUUGUCCUCCUACAUCUCAGGGUACGGAUCAAUCGUGCGCUCCAAGCACAAUGGCAGGCAGAUCCCCAACGAUACUCUUGGGCAAAAACAAUAAGCGUCACGUCGGCAAUGAGUGUGAUAUGGAUUAAUCAUAAUUGGGACCAGCCAGCGUCUAUGCGCAAGCAGUGGGCUCUGUCGUUUCACGUCUUUGUUGCUGCGACCUUGUUGUUGCGCGAGCAUCAAACAGCUCCCGACGAUCAAGAUGAGGCAUAUUGGGAAUCCAUGAACACCGCUCUAUACCUUUUAGACCAAGUCAAGGACCAAAGCGCAGUUGCUCAACAGGCUGCCGCCAUUCUAAGAACAGAAAUAAACAAUGGAUGA